AUGAAUCGUGUUUAUGAAAGUGGUGCUGCAAAAAAACGAAAAGCGAAAGAAGAACAAAAGAAAAUAGACAAGUUACCAAAAAUUACUGGAUUUUUAAAACAAGAUGACAUUACUAGCAAAAAUGAUGAAACGCCAAAAGGUACCGCUGAUUUACAGGAAAAUGUUAUUCAAAACGAAUCAGUCGAUUUGAAUCCUUCAGAACAGUCGGAAUUAUCAGUAGCUACACAAGUUCUUAUAAAUCAUAGAACAGAAGAGGAGGCAGCAUUGAGAAGCACGUCAGAAAAAAUUGAAAGUUAUUCGACUGAUAUUGCGUUAUGGGGCGAAAUCAACGAGAAGUUACGAUUAUACUGGUUGCAAAAAAAUCCAGGUUUAUGCAGCAAUAAGGAUAAAGAUUUCUCAAAAUCUGCACGGAUUUACCAAGAAGGAGAUAAACAAAAAGUGAGAACUCUAAACAAAUCAUUAUUUCAAUUGAAACUACAAAAUAAUGAAAGUAGAAGUAGAGCAAGAGAAACUGGUAGUUUAGAAAAUGCAUUAACGAUUCAACAAAAAAAUGAGAAAAAUUAUUGGAUUCAAGUAUUACGUCGAAUAACUGACACUAUAAAGUUUCUUGCUUCACGAGGUCUCGCUUUUCGAGGGGAGAACGAACGAUUCGGAUCUAGUCAAAAUGGCAAUUACUUAGGUAUUUUAGAAUUACUGAGCGAAUAUGACCCUUUCCUUAAAGAGCACAUUAAUACCUACGGAAAUAAAGGACAUGGAGUAACAUCAUACUUAUCAGCUAAUAUUUGUGAGGAAUUUAUAGGCCUUAUGGGGGAAAAAGUUCUUGCUUGCAUUAUAAGUGAGUUGAAGAAGGCAAAAUAUUAUUCUUUUUCUGUGGAUUCUACGCCGGACAUCGCUCAUCUAGAUCAAUUAACGUUCACCGUGCGCUACGUUACCGAUCAGGGGCCUAUCGAACGUUUUUUAAUGUUCGUUCCUAUAGAAGGUCAUAAUGCCGAAUAUUUAACAGAGGUUGUAGUCAAAUUUUUUAAAGAUAAUGAUAUUGAUAUAAAUGACUGUAGAGGUCAAUCUUAUGACAACGCAUCGAAUAUGUCUGGACGCUAUUCAGGACUGCAAACCAGGAUAAGGGAAAUCAAUAAGGAUAAAUUCGAUGAGUUUUUAGAAAAAGCAAAAAGCUUUACUGAUAUCUGCGAAAGUGAAUCUACAUCUGAGCCAAGAAAUCGAAGAAGAAGCGUAAAACUUACUCGCUUUGAAGGAGAGAGUGAACAUACACAAUUUACUGGAGAUGAAAAGCUCAAAAUAGAGAUUUUUUAUCCGAUAAUCGAUUCACUUUGUUCCAAUUUGAAAACCAGAAAAACUGCUUACGAAACGGUGAAUGAUAACUUCAAGUUUUUUACUGCUCUACCAAACAUGACAUACGAAGGAAUAAAAGAAUGCUGCGAAAAGCUUGCCAGAAAAUAUGAUCAAGAAAUUUCUGCAGAAAAUUUAAUAUCAGAAUGUUUACAUUAUAAACAUUAUCUUCGUGAUACACGAAAGAACGAAGAAUUAUUUAUUCCUGAUCUAUACUUGCAACUGAAGAAAGAAUUUCUGACGUCUACAUUCCCAAAUAUUGAAAUAAGUCUCCGAAUAUUCCUUACCCUAAUGAUCACCAAUUGUGCUGGUGAACGAUCAUUUUCUAGAUUAAAGUUGAUAAAAUCCGAUCAUCGAAGCACAAUGUCACAGUCACGAUUGAAUCAUCUAAGUUUAAUGAGUAUAGAAUCGGACUUAUUAAAAUCGAUUGAUUUUGAUGAACUCAUAUCUAAUUUUGCUGCGAAGAAAUCGAGAAAAAAAGUUUUUUAA